ACGAUGAAGCUGUAGAGAUGCUUCCCUACGUGAUUGCCACCCUGGGCUCAGCAGGGGCCUCCUGCAAAGCCUCCACGUGCAACAACAGCACCAAGGACUACUGCUACAGUGCCCGCAUUCGCAGCACUGUGCUGCAGGGGCUGCCCUUUGGUGGGGUGCCCACUGUCCUAGCCCUCGACUUUAUGUGCUUUCUUGCACUGUUGUUUGUCUUUUCAAUUUUGCGUAAAGUUGCUUGGGACUACGGACGCCUGGCCCUGGUGACUGAUGCUGACAGGCGCCGACGCUGGCAGACGGAGCGAGAGGAGCGGGAAUACGUAGCCUCUGCCCUGCACUCUGACAACCAUGACCGCUACGAGCGCCUCACCUCCGUCUCCAGCUCUGUGGACUUCGACCAGAGGGACAAUGGUUUCUGCUCCUGGCUGACAGCCAUCUUCAGGAUAAAGGAUGAUGAGAUUCGGGACAAGUGCGGGGGUGAUGCGGUGCACUACCUGUCCUUCCAGAGGCACAUCAUCGGGCUGCUGGUGGCUGUGGGUGUGCUCUCUGUGGGCAUCGUGCUACCUGUCAACUUCUCAGGGGACCUACUAGAAAACAAUGCCUACAGCUUUGGGAGGACAACUAUCGCUAACCUGAAUUCUGGGAAUAACCUGCUGUGGCUGCACACAUCUUUUGCCUUUCUGUACCUGCUGCUGACAGUGUACAGCAUGCGCCGUCACACCUCCAAGAUGCGCUACAAAGAGGAUGACUUGGUUAAGCGAACUCUCUUCAUCAAUGGGAUCUCAAAAUAUGCUGAGCCAGAGAAGAUCAAGAAGCAUUUUGAGGAGGCCUACGCCAACUGUACCGUCCUGGAGGCCCGUCCCUGCUAUGAUGUGGCCCGGCUGAUGUUCCUCGACGCAGAGAGGAAGAAAGCUGAGCGUGGGCGAAUCUACUUCACCAACCUGCAGAGCAAAGACAACACUCCAUCCAUGAUCAACCCCAAGCCCUGUGGCCACCUGUGCUGCUGUGUCAUCAGGGGCUGCGAGGAGGUGGAGGCCAUCGAGUACUAUACCAAGCUGGAGGAGAAGCUCAAAGAUGAUUACAAGCGGGAGAAGGAGAAGGUGAAUGAAAAGCCUCUGGGGAUGGCCUUUGUCACCUUCCACAAUGAGACCAUCACAGCCAUAAUCCUCAAAGACUUCAACGCCUGUAAGUGUCAGGGCUGUGCAUGCCGUGGGGAGCCCAGGGCCUCCUCCUGCAGCGAGUCCCUCCACGUCUCCAACUGGACAGUCAGCUAUGCCCCUGACCCACAGAACAUCUACUGGGAACACCUCUCCAUCCGGGGCUUCAUCUGGUGGAUCCGCUGCCUCGUGAUCAAUGUGGUCCUCUUCAUCCUCCUCUUCUUCCUCACCACCCCUGCUAUCAUCAUCACCACUAUGGACAAGUUCAAUGUCACUAAGCCUGUGGAGUACCUCAAUAACCCCAUCAUCACCCAGUUCUUCCCCACCCUGCUGCUGUGGUGCUUCUCUGCUCUGCUGCCCACCAUUGUGUAUUACUCUGCCUUCUUUGAAGCGCACUGGACCAGGUCCGGAGAGAACAGGACGACCAUGCACAAGUGUUACACCUUCCUCAUCUUCAUGGUCUUGCUGCUGCCAUCAUUGGGCCUGAGCAGCUUGGAUGUGUUUUUCCGCUGGUUGUUUGACAAAAAAUUCCUCGCUGAAGCUGCUGUGCGAUUUGAGUGUGUGUUCCUGCCGGACAAUGGGGCCUUCUUCGUCAACUAUGUCAUUGCCUCUGCCUUCAUCGGGAAUGCCAUGGACCUGCUGCGCAUCCCCGGCUUGCUAAUGUACAUGAUACGCCUCUGCCUGGCCCGCUCGGCCGCUGAGCGGAGGAAUGUCAAACGACACCAGGCCUAUGAGUUCCAGUUUGGGGCUGCUUAUGCCUGGAUGAUGUGCGUCUUCACUGUGGUCAUGACAUAUAGCAUCACCUGCCCCAUCAUUGUCCCUUUUGGGCUCAUGUACAUGCUGCUUAAGCACCUGGUGGACCGAUACAACCUGUAUUAUGCUUACUUGCCUGCGAAACUGGACAAGAAGAUCCAUUCGGGGGCUGUGAACCAGGUGGUGGCAGCCCCCAUCCUCUGCCUCUUCUGGCUUCUCUUCUUCUCCACCAUGCGCACAGGUUUCCUGGCCCCCACUUCCAUGUUCACCUUUGUGGUCCUCGUGAUCACCAUUGUGAUCUGCCUGUGUCACGUCUGCUUCGGGCACUUCAAAUACCUCAGCGCUCACAACUACAAGAUUGACCACACGGAGGUGGACACCAUAGAAAACAGGCAGAAUGGGAGACCUGCCACCAGUCUGCCAGCUCCCAAAUCAGCUAAGUACAUUGCCCAAGUGCUGCAGGACUCCUCGCCUGAGGGCGAAGCGACAGAGUCAGAGGAGCAGGGGUCGCAGGACGAGGAGCUCAUCAAUGCAGAUGGCAUGAACGACACGGAUUUCCAGUCAUGUGAGGACAGCCUGAUAGAGAACGAGAUCCACCAGUAGGGACCUCGGAAGGCGGGAGGGGAAGGAGGCCCAGGAGUGAGGCAGGCUGUGCGCAUGGAGACCUAGGGAGAGGCACCCAAGGGUGCUGGCCGUUGCCCUUGCCUGCCCAUCCCCCAGGGCCGCUGCCUUCAGUGAGGGCAGGGGCCCUGCCACAAGCUCUCCGUUUCCCUGCUGGUCCAGCAGCUCAGCAGGCAUGCCUCUUACUAGCUACCUUUAAUGUGUCCCCAGACCCCAAAACCCUGGGGGCUGGGGAGGAGGGGGGCUGUGACCCCCAUGGUGCUGCUCUGGACCUGCAGGGAGGAGGAAGGCUGGGUGCUUUGUGGGGAGCAAGAGGGCGCAAGGGGAACCUUUGGGGUCUUCUCAGCAGGCCCCUCUGUCCCCUGUCCUCCUGGCGAGAAACACUAAUAAUUUAUUAGAUUUACAGGAAGGUGAUAAACAAAAUGCUUUAGUCAGUGAAUUGGAAGCCCCACCUAGGGAGGGGGGUGGCUUUUGUUGCACCUUCUCCCCAUGCCUGCCCUUUCUCAACCCCUUGCAGCAUCCACUUGGCGUGACAUGCCAGGAGCUGGGCCAGGCACCAGGGGCUGGCGAGAGAGACCUCCCCCCCACCCCACCCUGGCAAAGGUGACAGCCUGGCCUUUUGGUCAGGGGUGGCAUCAACCUGGGAAGGGGCAUGGCGCUGGCAUGAGCUGGGCAGCCCCUCACAGGGUGAGGGGUGCUGAGGGCAUUUCUCAUGGGCAGGAGGGAGGCGCAGGCAGCCUCUCCCCCAGGUCCUGUGCCGUCCUCCCCCAGGGGCACAGUCAGGGGAUUGCAGCAUCAUUUUA